ACCUUGUUAUAUGUUUAUAAAAUAUUAAUUAUGGCUCACUGUUUAGCAAGAACUGCUCUUGACAAUUUAAAUGCUUUAAAGAACAGUUUUUUAAGGCUCAGUAUUACAGAUCCAAUUACCAUACCAAAUAGAGGUCGAAAACAACUGGGAAAACGACCAGUUUUGAGAAAUCCUAUAUGGUUUGUUCGAAAAGAAAGAACUUUGAUGAAUGAAUUUCUCACAAAAGAAAAUGAAAGUUUUGUCAAAGAUAUAGUUCACGAUAAGUAUGGAGAACCUGUUGUUAUUGGUGGCUUUCAAACCUAUGCAAAAAGUGGAGGAAUUUUGAAGGAAGAGUUACAAUUGCCAAAAACUGAAUGGACACCUCGGUCUGUUAGAAGCGGAGUAAUUGCGAGGAAAAUAGGAGUUUAUCCAUUGUGGUUUAAAGAUGGAUCUAAAAUAUAUACUACUCUAUUACAAAUAGUUGAUAAUCAUGUCAUAAAGUAUAUACCACCUGGUGAAAUAAAUCAAAAUCAUAGACCUAGAAAACCUAUUGUUAACCCAAACAAAUAUGGAGCAUUACUCGUUGGUGCUGAGAGUGUUGACCCGACAUUACUCACCAAGGAAUAUUGUGGAUUAUUUAAAAAUUCAGGUGUCAUGCCAAAACGUAUAUUGGGCAGGUUCCUAGUUACACCUAAUGCUGCCCUGAACCCAGGCACUCCUUUGACAGCUGCUCAUUUUAGGGUUGGAGAUUAUGUUGAUAUUCGAGGAAAAACGAUAGAUCGUGGUUUUCAAGGUGUUAUGAAAAGAUGGGGCUUUAAAGGUAUGCCUGCUUCACAUGGUGUAACUAAGACACAUCGUAGGCCAGGUAAUAUAGGUGGUGGUGGAGAAAAAGCACGUGUUUGGCCUGGUACAAAAAUGCCUGGGCAUAUGGGUAACAGAUGGCGCAUACACAAAGGUGCCCGAAUUUGGCGAAUUAAUACAAAAUAUAACGUGCUGUAUGUUUCUGGCUUAGCUAUUCCUGGAGAUACAAAUUCAUUUUGCUAUGUUUAUGAUACAAUGUUACCUCUAAGAAAACCUAAAGAAGCUCCACCAUUUCCGACUGCUUUCCCAAAUGUAGAUGAUGAUGAUAUACCUGAAGAUCUUUAUUGUGAAGAAUUGCAUCAAUUUGGUGAUCCUACAAUUACAUUUGAGGAAUCAAAAUAAAUUUUAAUUUGUAUAAAAAU